CCAUAUUAUGCUCUGAGCCCACAACGUUCAAAAAGUGUCGCGUUCUCGGGUUCGAGAUUUGCCGGUGUUUUUUGUCUUUUUUUUUUUAUUUUUUUUUUAAAUUUUCAAAAACCAGCAACAAAGAGAGCAGUGAUCGGCUAUAAGACAGGGAUUAACCGGCUUCGAGAAAAUCCCCAGCUGUAUAUCUUCUCGAGUUCCUCUCAAAUUUAAUGCAAAUUGGUAACUAAUAAAACCAGUAACCCAUCUGAUCGUCCUGCCUGAUUUGGUAACAAACAAAAUGAAGGUAAGAAGAAAGAACACGCACCAGUUAUCACUCCCCAGAUUAGAGAUUUGAUAUUCCUCUCUCUUUGGGCUGAAGAAGAAGAAGAAGGGCUCGUCUUGUUGGCUUUGAGUGAUAUUGUGUGAUUGUCUUUUCUUUGCGCUCUUUCAUCAAACACUUUAAGGUCUCACUUUCCAGGUGGGUGUGUUUCAUUUCCCUCUUCAAUAUGAUUUCCUUGUCACGGACAAGAAGAUUUUAGUUUUCAAUCUCUUUUGGUUUUAGGGAUAAAAAAAAGAAAAAGAAAAAUUGUAGGUUUGAUCAACCUAGUGGAAUCCAGACGGGAUGGCUUGCUACUCGAUCCGUGCAUGGACUUUCUGUGGGCUCGUCGGGGCUUUCCUUGAUCUUGCUCUGACUUAUCUCCUGCUUUGUGGAUCGGCUAUUGCCUUCUUUGCUUCGAAGUUCCUGGGUGUUUUUCGAUUGCAUUUGCCAUGUCCCUGUAACGGGUUUUUCGGUGUUCCGAAUGGAGGGAAAUGCUUGCAGAGACUGCUGGUUGACUGUCCAACUCGGAAGAUGGCUUCUGUUCAAAUGUCCGUGAAGAGUAAGUUCCCUUUCGAUACAAUGUGGAUGGAAGAUGAAGGUUGCCACUCGAAUUUUAAAUUUUUGAGAGAUAGGGACUGCUGUGAUGGGUUACUGGAAAUGAAGGGAGAAGCUUCGUGCAGCUCGUUUUCGUCUGUGUCUUCUGAUCCUCUAAGCUUUUACAGUGCCAGUGAAAUGGGGCAUGAAAUCUCUGAAGAAAGCUCAAUGCCUGUCAAUUCUGGAGCAGAUGACCUUCAAGAUGCUAGUGGGGCUCCCGGUGGGAUCAGUGUGGGUGAAGGAGACCAGCAUAACUUCAAAAUGAAUGUUUUGUUUGGUGAAAGUAAGACCAUGGAGAAGGACGCAUUUUCUGUUGGAGAAUCAGUAUUCCAUUCACCUGAUGAGCUGGAUUUUGAUGGAAAGGACUCCGAUGCAAUUAGAGUCUUGGAACAGGCACUUCAAGAAGAGCAAGCUGCUCAGGCUGCUUUGUACAUUGAACUGGAGAAGGAAAGAAGUGCUGCUGCAACUGCUGCUGAUGAAGCCAUGGCCAUGAUAUUACGCCUGCAAAAGGAGAAGGCGUCGAUAGAAAUGGAAGCUAGACAGUAUCAGAGGAUGAUUGAAGAAAAAUCUGCUUAUGAUGCAGAGGAAAUGGACAUCCUCAAAGAGAUUCUUAUUAGAAGAGAGAGGGAGAAGCACUUUUUGGAGAGAGAAGUUGAAUUUUACAGACAAAUUUUGCAUUUUGGAAAUGAGAAGUUGAAAGGUGAUGAACAUGAGUUGACUGAAAUAUCAGGACAAAGGCCUAAUUUUCUGUUCGAUUUGAGUGAAGACCCAGUAUUGUUGCUGCAGCGGAUUAAUGAAUCCAUUGGCAAGAGGGAAAUCAUGAAGAGCACAGAAAGAUCAUCAGAUAACCAUGCUUUAACAGUGGAAGAAGAAAGUGGUAACAGUGCUUUUGUGAAAGAUCCACCGUCUGCUGACUGGGAUGAGGAUGCCAAUUUUCUGAAACGAGGCAAUAUUCAAAGGAAAAUUGGUAUUGGCAAACAUUAUCUGCAUGCUCCAGGUUCCAUGGAUGAGUGUAGGCAAGACUUUCAGGAGAAGGGAAUGAUUUCCAUGUACAAGAAUCCAUGUGCUCUUCAUGAGGAAAGGCAGACAGAUGCCAGAUUAUAUACAUCAAACAGCCUUCAAGCUCAUACUUUGCUUGACAAAAGUCUGAUAGAUGAGAAACCGAGAGAAAAGAAUAAUGCUAUACAAUGCCAAGUAAUGGCAAUGCAGGAUGAUCAAAAUGAUAGUGGAAAUGAAUUUACCUUCUCAUUUGAUGGUGAGAAUCUGGAAAAGCAUGGGAAAAAUGCAGAUCUAGGACAGAGAAAUUUAGAUGUAUUUAUGCAUGACAAAGAAGCAAGUCCUCAUGAUGUUCAUAUUGUUGAAAAUAGUUCUAAGUUGUACAAGGAGGGACUUAGAGAUGAAAGUGAAUUACUUUUGAUGAAUAAAGCAUCAAAGAGAUCAAGGAAUUGUCCUCCUCCACUUGACACUUCUGGUGACAGGGGGUUUGAUUCUGUAAGUGAUUGUGCAAGCACAAGCAAGGUUGAGACUGAACCAGACAUUCACCAGAGAAGUUCAGAGAUGACAACCAGUAGGAUGACACGUAGAAGUAACUCACAUGGCAGAGCUUUGCCUUCAUGCUUACGGAGAAAUUCCAUGUCAGCAGUUGAUAAUGAAAGAUUGAAACUUGACACUGAAGUUGGGUGGCUCAGAGAAAGGUUAAGGGUUGUCCAAGAGGGAAGAGAGAGGUUAGCUUCUUCUAUGGAGCACCGGGAAAAAGAAAAACUGCAGCUGAAACUUUUGGAGGAUAUAACUAACCAGCUUCAAGAGAUUCAGAAGCUAAAAGAACCCAGAAAAGCUGUUCGACGAGCUUCUCUACCCCCUUCAUCUUUGAAGGCAUGUUGUAGCAGUUAGUGAUGCUUUCUGACUGUACUUGCAUCUAUGUGGAAUAGAGAAACUGUAUUUACACGUCCAGCUUGUUUCUCAAGGUCAUGGCCAUCCCUUAUUUUUCUUGAUUAAUGUCUUUUGUCUAUGGGGAUGGUUAUGAAUUGGGUUUAGAGCAAUACAGUGUUAACUAAUGUUUACCAGCCUCAAGCUGAACUUGACCCUACCACUUCCUGAUUUACUUCAUUCUAAUUAUUGUUGGUGGAGUUUUUGAAGCUUGGUGCAAAUCUUUGAGAUAGAUUGUUUUAUUUUCAUCUUUUUUGAA